AACUCCAUUUAGAAUACUGAUUGCCCAGUCCUUUAAGUGAGAUCUUGGGAAAAAAGAAACAGACGAUAAGCAACAUUUGGGGCAGGCAGAUCGUCUUCCUUCAAGCACAGACUGACACCAAUUGCUGGAAGUUGCCCUUGGCUCUUUUUAAGUCCACAUUCAUAUCAGUCUUACAUGUGCUGGCCGUUGAGAAAAUGGUUACUGACUGAGUGAUCUCCAUAUAGCACGAAUCUACUGCACCAACAAAAGCCGACUCGGUGUGUGUGGUUGGAUUCUGUUUUUCCUUUCCUUUCUACUGAUGCUCAUUACCUUCCCGAUCUCAAUAUGGAUGUGCCUGAAGAUCAUUAAGGAGUACGAGCGUGCUGUCGUCUUCAGGCUGGGACGCAUCCAAGCUGAUAAAGCCAAGGGACCAGGUUUGAUCCUGGUCCUGCCUUGCAUUGACGUGUUUGUCAAAGUGGAUCUUCGAACGGUUACUUGCAACAUUCCUCCACAAGAGAUCCUCACGAGAGACUCUGUGACCACCCAAGUGGAUGGAGUCGUCUAUUACAGAAUCUACAGUGCUGUCUCAGCCGUGGCCAAUGUGAAUGAUGUUCACCAGGCCACGUUUCUGCUGGCUCAGACCACUCUGAGAAAUGUCUUAGGGACACAGACCUUGUCCCAGAUCUUGUCUGGACGAGAAGAGAUUGCGCAUAGCAUCCAGACCCUGCUUGAUGAUGCCACUGAGCUGUGGGGAAUCCGAGUGGCUCGGGUGGAAAUCAAAGAUGUCCGGAUUCCUGUGCAACUACAGAGGUCCAUGGCGGCUGAGGCUGAGGCUACCCGGGAAGCCAGAGCCAAGGUCCUUGCAGCAGAGGGAGAAAUGAACGCUUCUAAGUCUCUGAAGUCGGCUUCCAUGGUGCUGGCCGAGUCCCCCAUCGCCCUUCAGCUGCGGUACCUGCAGACCUUAACAACAGUGGCCACGGAGAAGAAUUCCACCAUUGUGUUUCCCCUGCCUAUGAACAUACUCGAGGGCAUUGGUGGCAUCAGCUAUGACAACAAUAAGAAGGUCACUGCUAAAGCCUGAGGCCUUCCAAGUAACUGCUUGUUGCUUAGAAGAGCCUUUCUGUACCAUGGAGAAAUCAGCCAUUAGACACACACACACACACACACACACACACACACACACACACACGCAUGCAUCAUACAAGCUACAGUAACUCCACAGCUAGCAGAAUUCCCAGAGAGAGACAUAGAAGCUACACAAACAAAAACAAAAUUGAGAGCCAUGCACUACAUUUAUUUAAAAAGGCAUAAGCAAUAUCUCAUAUUCAUAUGUAAUUAGUUAAUCGUUGUUCCUGGCUGUCAGCAGACUCUGUCAGGAGGAGCGGAGACUCUAGGUGACUGAGAUAAGAACUUUAGAGUUUAAGCUUCAUUGGAGAAGGACCCUAGGUCAUUUGUAAAGGAAAGCAGAUUCUGCAUUUAUGCUAUGCAUUUGAUUCACUGGUCCAAUAAAAUGACUUGCUCUAGUUCAAGUAAGAAAAUGACACAAGGCUGAAAAUUAGGACCGAUUUGGAUAUACAAAAUAAGAACAGCCGUAGCAAAACAGCAACAUAGGGCAAAGGGGCCAAGCUCAGGCCCAGCUCUCUUGACACCCUGGAUGGCUCAUUCUCAGCAUCCUCACACAUUUGUCAGGGCCAGAGGCACAGCAAGGCAGAAGACCACAGGGUAAUUUGCUUACGAGUAAGACCUUCGAAGCCACUGGGGAGGUGGGUCUGUGAAUUGCAUGUUUCCACUCUGAAAAUCCCAAGAGCCAUAGUGAUUAAGAGCUGUUUGUAAUCUUUCCCCAGCUCAAACAACUUGUUGCAAAUAAAAAAAA